UUCGUAAUGUAAAAGUACGAAAUAGAAUCAUAUCGAAGUCGGUAACGUUAUCUCAACGAUUCAAGCUGAGGAAAAAUCGUUAUUUCGCGGAUAUAAAAAUUGUCCGAGAUUCGUUAAACCGUAACAAAACAAAUCACGCUAAUAUUUCGAUAUCUUGUUUCCUAAAAAAUUAUUGUCAAGUUAAGAAAACAAUGAUUCGUUCACCAAAUUACAAUGUAAAACGAGUGGCAGUAAUUAUCGGUUAUUGCCAUAACCACCGCUGUACAACGUUUAACGUCACGAUAUUAUAUCAGUAUCGAAACUGCUCCGCGUCUCCGCUGACACUCGACAAAUAAUUGUCGCCACUGAUCAUCGAGACGGACGCGAUUCUCAACUAUGACGAACCGAUGAGAAAUAAGUGUAAAAAAGCUGGGGGAAAAAAAUAUAUUUAAAAAAAAAAAAAAUAAAAAAUAAAAAAAAAAAAACCACAAACAAACAACCGUCCCACAUCAUCGUCAUUACGCCGAUCGCCGUUCACGGUACGUAGCAGCAGCUGUUACGCAAUUUUUCACAGUCAUCAUGCGGCCGCUUGCUUCGCUUGACUGUAUAUACGUGUACAUAUAUCGUACCUAUACGGUGAGACGACGAUACGCGUGUGUUGUGAAUGAUGUUUAGAAUCAGUGCACAGGUGAAGACAGUGCGUGCAGUGCGUGCAGGAACAAGUGUUCACCGGUUUAUGGGAUGCAAUUGCACGAACAAUCGAAUUCUCAAGCGGUGAUCGCGGGUUGCGGUAGAUCGAUUAUAGAUAAUAGAUAAUAGGCUAAUUCGCCCUACGUUCCAGCUGUAAACGUUAAAGAAUAUGUCUCAUCGACCGGCAAAAAUUACGCAUCCUUCCGCCAGGGGUUACAGACAAGUCGUUACUCUUCAGGCGGAAAUUCGACGACGACAGUUUGCCGCUCUUGCUAUGCGAACAACGCGGCCUCAAGGUGUUGCUAACAGGAAGAACGAGACGCUUCACCGUUCGGACUCGAUGGUUUCGCUCUGUUACCGAUCCAUCGUCAAUUUCAUUACUGACGACAAUCUCUUGGGCUUGCAAAACUUUCUUGAGAACAAGCGGGUCCAGGUUGACGAUCGCGACGAAAAUGGAAGUACGGCACUUAUUUAUGCCGCAUCUAAAGGAAAAAUACACUUUGUUCGGGAAUUGAUCAACCAUGGAGCGGACGUGAAUGUCGAAGACGGGGACGAUUGGACAGCGUUAUUGUGCGCAGCCAAAGAAGGAUACACAGAUGUAUGCCUCGAGCUGCUUGAACAUGGUGCCCAAUUGGAGCAUCGUGAUAUGGGAGGAUGGUCAGCACUCAUGUGGGCUACGUACAAAGGCAGAUCCGAAACGGUAUCACUGCUGUUAUCUCGAGGAGCAGACGUCAAUGCUCACGGCAAUUAUCACAUAUCCUCUUUGUUGUGGGCUGCGGGUCGAGGAUACGCAGACAUUCUCAAAGACUUGAUAGCCCACGGUGCUAAAGUCAACGUCGGUGACAAGUAUGGGACAUCGGCCUUGGUUUGGUCAUGUCGUAAGGGGAACAUAGAGAUUGUUGACGCGUUAUUGAAGGCCGGAGCAAACGUUGACACUGCUGGCAUGUAUUCGUGGACAGCUUUGCUAGUCGCUACUUUGGGAAAUCACGUCGAUGUUGUCAUGCUACUUUUGGAGUAUAAACCGAACGUUAAUGCGUUGGACAAAGACGGGUGCACAGCUCUGGCUAUUGCAUGCAGAGAGGGACAUCAUGAAAUAGCCAAUGCUCUUGUAAUCGCCGGGGCGUAUAUCAACAUACAAGACAGAGCCGGUGACACCAAUUUAAUUCACGCUGUUAAGGGAGGUCACAGGGGUGUGGUUGAAACUCUUAUAAAGAAGUACGCCGACGUUGAUAUAGCUGGAAAGGAUAAAAAAACGGCGAUUUACAUCGCGGUUGAAAAGGGAAAUGUCGCGAUGGUCAAGUUGUUGUUGACAGCCAAUCCUGAUCUGGAGAUUCCAACGAAGGAUGGCGACACUCCGCUACUUCGUGCUGUGAGGUCGCGUAACGCCGAAAUUGUUCAACUUCUACUCGACAAGAAAGCAAAGGUUUCGGCGGCCGACAAAAAGGGUGAUACCGUGCUUCACAUCGCCAUGCGGGCCAGGUCGAAAGCUAUCGUUGAAAUAUUAUUACGGAAUCCUAAGAAUAGCCAGCUACUCUACCGGCCAAAUCGACAGGGAGAGACACCCUACAAUAUAGAUAUCAAUCAUCCGAAGACGAUACUGGGACAAAUAUUUGGUGCUAGACGAUUGAACACUAAUGAGGACAAUGAAAAUAUGCUUGGAUAUGAUCUGUACAGUAGCGCGUUAGCCGACAUUCUCAGUGAACCUUCACUCUCCACACCGAUUACUGUCGGUCUCUAUGCAAAAUGGGGCUCUGGGAAAUCAUUUUUACUCAACAAGCUUAGAGAGGAGAUGAAAAAUUUUGCACGACAAUGGAUGGAUCCAGUAUUCCAGUUUUCGUCAUUAUUGUUCCUUGUCGUUGUUCACGUAUCUUUACUAAUCGGAGUGAUACUGGGCCUUUCCCUUCAAUCCUGGAUCAUUGGACUUGUCAUUGGCGUUACUUUUAUCGUUGUACUCUACGUGUUCCUGCUUCUUGUUUGGUACGCCAAUCAAAGAUACGACUGGUACUGGCCGUACAAUUUCAACAUAGCUCUCACCAGAAAAUUGAACAACUUGAAGCUACUGCUUCAAGUUAUGUUUUGCCAUCCACCCGGUGCUCAAGUUGGUGAUUCUCCCAGUGCUCAGCCUACCAAAUUUUACUUCACCGAUCAAACUCGCGUUGGCACAACUUCGGCGGGUGAAAAUGCGGUUGUACAAAUGGUCGGAUCCUUGUAUGACUCGAUCGAAAAUGAUUACGGGUCGCUAGUUACCAGACUUUAUAGAGCAUUCAGACCAAAAAUGGCAAAAUCGACAUCGUCCUGGAAAUGGAGACACGUUUGUUGCUUGCCCUAUAUUGUGAUAUUCGAAAUUUGCUUCGGCUCGCUUCUGGUCGGAGUCUCGAUACUUACCGUCUACCUUAUCGAGUUCAAGAAUUCUGACCGUGUUAUCGAACAAGUAACCGCUCAUGCGAUUCUGUUAACAGUUGGGCUGCUGCUUUCCGUUGGCAUUAUAGCCAACUUGUAUACAUGGAGCAGGAUGCUGCACGCCUUGGUAUUUUCUCAAAGAAGGCAUUUACAACGGAGUAUUUCAAAGCUGGAAACGUUGAAAAGCGAAGGAUUUAUACAGACUUUACGGUCGGAGGUCAAUUUAAUGACUGAAAUGGUGAAAUGUUUGGAUAGAUUUACUUCACAACAGAGUCGGCUAGUGGUUGUUGUCGAUGGGUUGGACAGUUGCGAACAAGACAAAGUACUCCUAGUCCUCGAUGCUAUUCAAGCGUUAUUCAGCGACAAUCACUGCCCGUUUAUCGUCAUCUUAGCCAUUGAUCCUCACGUCAUUGCCAAGGCGGUGGAAGUGAAUAGCAGGAGACUAUUUACAGAAUCCAAUAUUGGCGGUCACGACUACCUUCGCAACAUGGUUCACCUACCGUUUUACCUUCAAAAUAGUGGCUUACGAAAGCUGAAAGUGGCCCAACAGACGGCCCAGUAUCACAAAAAGAGUGCUUGGACAGAAGCAGAGGACAGUAUUAACUAUGCAACAACAAGCGCCAUUCAUCACUCGGUCUCAAACAGGAGACUCAGCACCGAAUCGGGCGUUAUGAAUAGCACAGAAAAAUUGAAACCUCCGAGCAGAAAGAACAGCAGGAAACUCAGGCUGAGCGAAUCUGUAGCUAGCAGUAUUGGCAGCAACUUGAAUAGACUGGGCGGCGCUCAUGAUUUGAAUAAAAUGUUGCUCACCGAUGAUUACUUUAGCGAUGUAAAUCCUCGUAGUAUGAGACGACUUAUGAACGUAGUAUACGUUACAGGAAGACUGCUGAAAGCAUUCCAAAUAGAUUUUAAUUGGUAUCAUCUGGCCAGUUGGAUCAACAUCACAGAACAGUGGCCUUUUAGAACUUCUUGGAUGAUCCUACAUUAUGAUCUCUAUGAAGAAACGCUUGACGAUUCCACAUCCCUUAAAGCUCUGUACGAUAAAGUGCGACCUCAGAUACCGGUACUAAAAGACGUUCAACCCCUAUUGGAGAUGGAUAGAGACGAGCGAAAACUCGAUGUAUUUCUUACUUUUCAUCGAUCUAGUCUUUUGAUAUCAGAUAUGAAAAUAUUCCUUCCGUUUACGAUAAAUCUCGAUCCAUACAUAAAGAAAAAGAUUAAAGAAGAGCAGCAGGUAAUCGACGAGGAGAGUAUGACUUCUGGUAUGUACAAACCAGCCGCGCCGUGGAACAAUCACGUCAAUCAUCAGGAACACUGGCCACCCAGUAAAAGCGUGUUAACUAAUCGCCAACACAGAUCAUCCAGAGGAAACAAUGAACAACGUCCGUUACAGCCAGGCUGGGUUGCACAAUCGGCAAUGGAUUGGCAGCCUCCACCAUGGGUACAUUUGCCACCUAUGGAACCUGCGCCUAGGCCAAUAUCUGCAAUCACUAGUCUUCCGCCAGACAUUUUGGAAAUGAAAUUAUCGAGUCUCUCGGUUAAUGGAGUUUGCGAUCUCCUUGGGAAAGUAGAAGAACUAAGUCCAGCCCAAGCAGCCCGUUACAAAAAUGUCAUCAGGGAAAAUAAUAUAAGUGGUCGAGUGCUACUUCACUGUGAUCUACAAGAGCUGAAAAAAGUACUUAAAAUGGGGUUCGGAGAUUGGGAACUUUUCCGUAUCGUUAUUGCGUCUCUUAGGGAAGCGGAACUUUCAUCUUUUACAACUCAUGAAGAAGGUCCUCGCAGCGUUCGAUUUACCGUAGGAUCAGAGCAAAUUACACGCAAAGAACCAACGCCGCAAAAUGUUUCAUCGCGACCUGUUGUUGUGGAAAAAGAUAAGUCUACAUCACGAACCGAUGGCUCUUCUAGACGAGAUCCGAGCAAGCAAUCUGUAAUGGAAAAACAGUAUCAGGUAACCCUUGAGGAACAAAUGAUCUGCGGAGCCCUGCAGACGUUGAAUGAGGAGGCGUGCGAAGAUGUGCUAGAUGUACCUUCGCCAGCAACAGCUCCAACCGACUCACUUCCAGAGAGAAUCAUGGAGAUACGAAUGAUUCUGGGACUUUUCCUGAUGAUCACUGCGGCGUCGGGAUGGAACGUUACGUUUGAAUCGCAGACGGUGACGGUUCACAUGCACGAGGCACUUUCCGUGGCAUUCACCGCCAACGUAACAGAGGCCGACGUUGCAAACGGGACCGUCGUCGUCUCGACGACGAGAGAAUCCGUAGCAACCGUUGAUAAUUUGCCGGUGUUGGAUUCGAGCACGGUGAACGAUUUGGUUUGGAGUAGCAACCUUGUCGUGUCCGGUAACUUUCUCGGCAAUGCCGACAUCCUUCUGUCCAUCGUAUCUCCCGACCAGGAGAACAAGACCUCGGACGCCCUGUCGGUGAUCGUUAUUCGAGAAGAGCGUAUCAUCGAUACACUUUUCACAGUAUUCGUUGCCGUCAUGGUCUCAAUAAUGUACAUCAACUUUGGCGCUGCCAUGGACUGGCCACUCUGCAAACGUACCUUGAAGCGACCGAUCGGUCCGACGAUCGGGUUCGUUUGCCAGUUUAUCUGGAUGCCGCUGCUGAGUUACGGCAUUGGAUUAGUCCUGUUUCCAGACGAUCCUGAACUGCGGUUGGGAAUGUUUUUCGCCGGGGUGAGUCCUGCCGGAGGUGCAUCUAAUAUUUGGACAGUAAUUUUGGGCGGCAAUCUCAAUUUAUCUGUAACAAUGACCACCAUCAGUACAUUGGCAGCGUUUGGCAUGAUGCCGCUGUGGAUCUUCACCCUUGGGAGUACGAUUUUCAACAGUGCAAACCUCGGGGUUCCGUACUCGAGGAUAGCAAUGUUCGCAGUUGGUCUUGUCAUUCCAUUGGGUAUCGGAUUCCUGAUUCAGAAAAAACUGCCAAGGGUCUCAAGGAUACUAGUAAGAGUACUGAAGCCGUUGUGCAGUCUGCUGAUCAUUGCUAUCAUCGUAUUCGCCAUUAUUACCAAUCUGUAUCUCUUUCAACUGUUUUCGUGGAGGAUCAUUGUUGCCGGUAUUGGAUUACCCUGGCUGGGGUAUUUGUUUGGGUAUUUGCUCGCUCUUGUUCUGAGGCAACCGGGCCCUGAUAUAACGGCAAUCUCCGUCGAAACCGGAGUUCAAAACACCGGAAUCUCGAUAUUUCUACUCAGAUUCUCGUUGCCGCAACCAGCUGCUGAUUUGACCACCAUUGCUCCAGUAUCAGUUGCGAUAAUGACGCCAAUUCCAUUGACUAUUCUUUGGAUCGUGAAACUGAUUAUGGAUCGACGGAAAAAAUCGAUCGCUGCUUCAGCUGAGAAACUUCAAGGAUCUACAGUGCCGAUACCAACCGUAUCUGCAUCUACUAAAACGGACAACACCGAAAAUCCUUGAUUUGUACCUUUCCGUUUUAGUUUUUUGUAAUCACGUUGCUACGCGCCACAUCGUAACAAUAUUUUGAAUGCUGUACAUUCAUUUGCCUUAUCUUAUGAAAGGCUAGUAUAGUAUCACGCAUUUAAUGUCUAUUGAUUUUCUAUACAAUUUUCAAUCCACCGACACGUCGCGUACUUAUCAUUACUGAACAUACCUAUUGUUUUCCUUAUUUUACCAAAGUUUGGUACGAUACUGAAUAGUUUAACACAAAUUGAGAACAAAUAGUACUCUUUAUAGUACAUUUAUACAUAUCUUGAUUACUUAAAAAAAUCCAGUCAGCAAUUUACGAGCGAAUGAAUUUCGCGCAAUAUGAGAAUUUAAUCGGUAUUUUAUUUUUCCUGUAGAGUUAUUUAGGCGACCAAUUUUUCUAGUGAUUCAUUGCUUACUAUUUUAUAGUUACCGUGAGGUAAAGAGUCACAAACUAUGAUGUAUUAUUAUGAUAUAAAAAAAAAAACCUGGGACCUGGUCUUUGCAACUCUCGGAUCAAAGUGUUCAGGUUGCGACUGAGGGGUAACCAUCCCCAUAACUUAUAUAACGUGUAACGCUAGACU